UGGGUUUGUCAUUCAGUCUACAGCUUUCGUCUUGUCUGGUCCUUCUUGCAAGUACCUGACUUCGCGGCUAUCUCAGUCUUCUUUACAAGUCCAUUUAUCCAAUUAAUUCAUCAACAUGCGCGAAAUUGUCCAUCUCCAAGCCGGUCAGUGCGGUAACCAGAUCGGUUCUAAGUUCUGGGAGAUCAUUUCCGACGAACAUGGAGUAGAUCCAGAGGGCAAAUACAUUGGUGACAGCAACCUUCAGCUUGAAAGAAUCAAUGUUUAUUACAAUGAGGCUUCAAGUUCAGGCGGAAAGUAUGUCCCCCGUGCUGUUCUGGUUGACUUGGAGCCUGGUACCAUGGACUCUGUUCGAUCUGGACCAUAUGGAAGGAUUUUCCGCCCUGACAACUUUGUUUUCGGUCAGAGUGGAGCUGGCAACAAUUGGGCCAAGGGUCAUUACACUGAGGGUGCUGAGUUGGUUGACUCAGUGCUUGAUGUUGUUCGUAAAGAAGCUGAAAAUUGUGACUGUCUCCAGGGAUUCCAACUUGCUCAUUCCUUGGGAGGAGGUACCGGAUCUGGUAUGGGAACCCUGCUCAUUUCCAAGAUCCGAGAGGAAUACCCAGACCGCAUCAUGAACACAUUCUCAGUUGUUCCCUCUCCCAAAGUAUCCGAAGUGGUGGUAGAGCCAUAUAACGCCACCCUUUCAGUCCAUCAGCUUGUCGAGAACACGGAUUGUACAUUCUGCAUGGACAAUGAGGCUCUUUAUGAUAUUUGUUUUCGAACACUUAAAUUGGUGAACCCAACUUACAGUGAUUUAAACAAUCUCGUAUCUGUCACCAUGUCCGGAGUGACCACCUGCCUCCGAUUCCCAGGUCAGCUGAAUGCUGAUUUGCGUAAGUUGGCUGUCAAUAUGGUGCCCUUCCCUCGUCUCCACUUCUUUAUGCCUGGCUUUGCGCCUCUGACUGCCCGUGGAUCUCAGCAGUACCGCGCACUUUCCGUCCCUGAGCUCACCCAACAGAUGUUCGAUGCCAAGAACAUGAUGGCCGCCUGCGAUCCUCGCCACGGUCGUUAUUUGACAGUUGCCGCCAUCUUCCGUGGGCGUAUGUCCAUGAAGGAGGUCGACGAACAAAUGUUGAACGUCCAGAAUAAGAACUCUUCGUACUUCGUCGAAUGGAUUCCUAACAACGUCAAGACAGCCGUUUGUGACAUUCCACCAAGGGGUCUCAAGAUGGCUGCUACAUUCAUUGGAAACUCGACCGCCAUCCAAGAGAUUUUCAAGCGCAUUUCGGAGCAGUUUACUGCCAUGUUUAGGCGCAAGGCUUUCCUCCAUUGGUACACUGGUGAGGGUAUGGACGAGAUGGAAUUCACUGAAGCUGAAUCCAACAUGAACGAUCUUGUUUCCGAAUAUCAACAAUACCAGGAAGCUACUGUUGAUGAUGGUGAAUUUGUGGAGGAUGACAACCCAGAGGAGGAGACCGCUUAAGGGGAAGCAAGUUUCAAUGCGUGAACGAAACUUGGAAGUUUGAUUGAGGAAUUGCCAGAGUGGACGCAGUAAUUUGGGGAGAAUGUUAUUAGUUGCACCAAUUGAAACCAGUUGCUGUAUUCUUUGUGAAACAGUUGAAUGCUAAAGUUUUAAAAUUUAAUUGGCAAAAUUUCUUAACAAAUCAAUGUUAUGAAAAUUUUAUUAGUAAUCUUUUGGAGUCUUGUUGAAGCAUUCCGGUGCCAAAUAAUUCGACAACAUUGCUUGCUUCUUUUGGGUUUUAACCGCCACCCUUCUACUCCAUUUUUCUGCGUCGGAAUUUUGGAAUUUCUGCGAGUUGCAUCCUUAUGAACAAUAUGAAUAAAAUUUUGGAAACCCAA